CUGAGUCCUGUUUGUAGUUGUCCGGUAGGGAUGCUGUGCGGACCAUUCCAUCGUCUGUCCCAAGCUUAUGGAGUACCGCUGACUUGCUGGCUUCCAGGAACCAGGGUGCUGAAAUGGAACAUAUACAUUUGAUCAUUUUACUUUUUAGUAAAGCCUUAUCAGCUGGAGCUCAGUUUAAUGGAUUCAACUGUGAUGCCAACUUUCACAGCCGCUUUCCUGCGGAGAGGGAUAUUAGUGUCUACUGUGGGGUGCAGACCAUCACCCUCAAAAUCAACUUCUGCCCUGUCCUCUUCUCCGGCUACACUGACACUGACCUGGCCCUCAAUGGUCGCCAAGGAGAUGCUCACUGCCGUGGAUUCAUCAACAACAACACCUUUCCUACUGUUGUAAUCUUUAGUAUCAGCCUGGCAUCACUGGAGUCCUGUGGCAACGCCUUAGUGGUGUCCACGGCACAAGGACCCAAUGCUUAUGGGAACCUGUCACUGGUGCAGAUUGGUAACAUAUCUGGGUACAUUGAUACACCGGAUCCUCCCACUGUCAUCAGCUACUUGCCCGGUCUGCUCUACAAGUUUAGCUGCAGUUACCCACUGGAAUACCUGGUCAACAACACACAGCUGGCCUCGUCAGCAGCUGCGAUCUCAGUGAAGGACAGCAAUGGUACCUUCAUCAGCACAUUGAAUCUCUUGCUUUACAAUGACUCCUCGUACGGCCAACAGCUGUCCAUCCCCAUGGCAGGACUGACCCUGAAGACACGGGUGUUUGCAGCUGUGAAAGCCACUAACCUGGACAGGAGAUGGAACGUGCUAAUGGACUACUGUUACACCACGCCCUCUGGAAACCCCAACGAUGACCUCCGCUAUGACCUUUUCUUUAGCUGUGAAAAAGACCCUCAGACCACCGUCUUUGAGAAUGGGAAGAGCCAAAUGGGUCGCUUUGCCUUUGAAGUAUUCCGCUUUGUAAAGCACAAGAACCAGAAGAUGUCCACUGUUUUCCUGCACUGCGUCACCAAGCUGUGUCGAGCAGAUGACUGUCCGAUGCUCAUGCCAAUUUGUGGCAGCAGGAAAAAACGGGACAUCUCCGAGGGAAAAGACUCAAACGCAGCAUCUGGAAAUGCUGUUCUGACUGCCGGGCCCAUCAUCACUCGGAUUGAUGAAACGCCAACCAACAACUCUCAGCUGGCCCAUUUGAAAGCUCCAGUGUUUCAGAUGAACACGGUGACGAGCACCCUCAUCUCAGGCGUGAUCAUCUUGGGGGUCAUGAGCAUCUGUUUCUUCAUCUUCUCCCUCACCCUCCUCAAAGGCAAGACCCCUCCUGUCAGCAGCCUGUCUGGAGUCCGCAACCCCGCCUUCAACUGAGCGCCCGGACCCAACUCACUGCAGACACAAUGUUAAGCAAGCAGAAAACAAGAGACACUUUACAAGAGAACACAAGUAGUGUAGAAGUAAGGCAGGACUUUCUAUAUGUUGUUCUGUGAUUUAUGUUUGAACCACAUGGCCAAGCCUCAACCUGCAGGGGAUCGUUUGUCAUGCAGUUUUAACCCACAAAGUGAAGACAUUCUUAACUUAUACCUCGGCUGUUGAGUUGCAGGUAAAAGAUGCAGUACAUUAUGAUCAUGUAUUAUCUUGUGGUGAAGGUUUUUCCAGCUUUUGGGCUGAAAAUAUAAGAACAGUGGUUAGAAAAUAUAUCUUCAGAGAUCAGGUAAACUGCUGUAUGAAACUAAAAAGGUAAACGCUAUUAUUAAGAGAGCUAACAAAAAGCCUCAGGGUUGAAUGUUUAGCUUGAAUAAAUUAGACCUUGAAAUUGUAUUGAUAUAACAAGAAUAAUUGUAAUUUAAUUUAACAUUUCUACAUUUUGGGGUUGGGUGUAGUCUUUCGAGUCUUUAGCUGAUGGGUUUGUUCUACCUGCAGUUCACUUCAAAUAUGUUAUGCAAUGUAGAGGUAAAGUAGCCUUUCCUACAGUUUGAUUCCGAGCAGUUCUAUAUAACAUGCCCAAUAUAUGCUCUUUAACUGAUGGUGUGUUACUGAAAUCUAGAAAUUGUGUACAAUCGUGCAUUUUGCAAAUAUUUCACUUAUUCUUGUGCAGUUUCUAAGUAAAGAUGCAGUUUGAAUUUUUCCUCUUUCAGUUAAUGAAAACAGGGUGAUGAGAGUGAACUCAGUUCUUCAACCAAACAAAAUAAGAACCAACUUCUUAAUUGCAUUGAUACAGCAUACAAACUUUUAACUGUGCGUAAUAGCAGGGUGGGACAUAAUAUCAGAAAAAAACACCAAACAGCCACAUUAAUGCAUAAACCUAAUUAAUGGUAAGUGGUUUUGUAAUUAUAUAGUGCUUUUCUAGUUUUGAAGACCACUCAAAGAACUUAACAGUAUAGUUUUACAUUCACACAUUCACAACACAUUCA